AUGCAGUUAAUAGAAACCGCCGUAACCCUCGCUCCAGGUGAAAGUCUACCCUUCGUCUGCGACCCUUGCGAUCUAGACCUAGUGGCCACAUCACAUCCGUUGUAUGGGUUUUACCGCUGCAACUGUGUGUCGUCGAAGGAAGAUGUCAAUCCUCAUUUAACGGGAACCCAUUUGGAAUGUGCUCUGCAUGUGUUACCCGUAGAAGAUGUAGUCUUACCUGGAUCUGGUGCUGUUGGAGGUACUUCCGAUCAUGUAGGAGUAGGAGGAACCACACAGACAGAUGGUAAAACGAGAAGUACUUCUACAAAUGUAGCAGAAUUAAUCCUGAAUCGCAUUCUCACCGAGCACAAUCACAGCGUAGACUCGCUGCUGCUUCGGAUACCACGGUUAGAGCGCACAAAGGUGAAACAAACAACAGAUGCUGAACGUGCUUUGUGUACAUUUACUGUUGUCGAAGGGGUUGAAGCUGGCGGACAACUAGAAGAGGGAACUACUCAAAAUGAAGAUGCGGAAGUAUGAAACGAAAAAAUGCACUCACACUCAAGAAAUUGGCUAGGAUUUACAGAGGAAAAUAGCCACUUUUUCUGAGUGUGAGUGCACUUUUGUCUUUCAUAGGAAGGGGAUGAACAUUACAACUUCCUGUGCUGGCAAGGAGAUGCUUCUUCUUCUGCAAAGGAUAAAGAGGAAGGACACGACGAAGAAGAAGAAGUCUUCUUUUCCGAACCGUUGAUAACGAGAAAACACCUUCGAGAUGUCAUAGCGCAUAUGAAAGAGGCGAAUCGAGGAGUAGAGGAUUUUGUUUUUGAGGACCUAGCAAAAGGAGUCCAAUGCGUUUGUCUGGAUGUAGGGGAAAUAGUAGACACAGAUGAGCAGACCCGGAUGAAGACUUCAAAAUUUCAUCUUUUGACAUCGGUAUCGGAGAAUCAGAACAAUGCUGAAGAUCAAGAAGACAAGAAAACAACUCACUCCGAAAAUACGAAACCUGCUGUGGUCGAUCUCAUUACCGCCGACUGGGCCUAUCUGAGUAACGACGCAUGUCUUUUCCUGCGCCAAACUUUUCCUAGUAUGAAGGUGUUGCUCUUGAACCAAAUGAGUGCAGAAAGGGAGAACUCAGGAGGAGGGAUGUUCAAUCACCGCUUGCUCUUUGGGUUGGAUAAGAAGGUGGUUAGCAGGACAGCAAGAACCAGUGGGAAUGGAGAGCUUGUUGGAGAUUCUCCUCACGGUCACGGAGACGCGUACUUCGAUCUCCAUCAACGUCCACGUCAGUCUAUCUUGCCGGAAGCUGUGGGUGGCACAUUGCCUGACUUUUUGAUAGGCGAAGGCUUCUGGCUUGGCGAUCUUUCUGUGGAAGAUGACGAACACGAAAGUAAAAGCAACAUGAAAAGUAGUAGAUUCGCAUUGAAAGCCGUGGAAACUUCAGGUUCAACGUCUUCUACAGCUUCUUCUUCGGGCUCAUGGGAUACAGGUUUGAAUAGACCAAGAUUAGAUGUAACAAAAGUAACAAGGUGUAGUUUUUCAAAAUGUUGAAAGUCAACAUCAACAACACUUGUUUGUUUGUAUUGAUGCGCUCCGGGCAACGCAUACGAUCGCUUGAGUGAGACUUAUAUGUAACAUUCGUAGUUCCUCGACGAAUGUCCA